AUGUCAAAGCAGGGCACGUGGGAGGAUGAUUGCCGGAGAUGCGCAGAUCUGGACUCCGCUAACGCCAUCGACUGCUGGGCGGCCAGAUGUGUGGAGGCACAUGCCGAGUUCGAGGCUUACAUGCGCCAGGGUCCCGGCCAUUCUGCUGUCCAUCCCGGCAAGGAAGCGGGUUGCGGGACAAAUUGCCUGACGCCUUCCAAACCGUCUUUGGGCGCACUGAACGACGUGCGCGAGCCCGCCGGUGGACCAUUACAGACGGACCAGAUAAAGGCGUCCUUGGCUUCCAUGACAGCCAACACCAGCAGCAGCUUUGAGCUUACUCCCAGCACCCAAGCUGUGAUGCAAACGGAGCCAGAACAGUCGGGUGCAUCUGACAAGAGCAGCUGGACGCCAACCUUUAGGGACUACACCCCCUCGGACCUGCAGGAGAAUGAUCAAGAGCCUCAAGAAGAAGGAGAGGAAAAUGAUGAAGAUGACACAUCUUCAUGGCAAGAGCCAGCAGUGAAGGCAGAGCAGUGCGAUUUGGACAAGGAGGCUGCUCUGCUGUUAAGCCUCUCAGACAUUAUCAGUGGAGGCCAGAAUGCCAGUCAGGAGGGCAGCCGUAGAGCACACCAGCUUCCGAAUCACAUGCCUGUCUUCCUGGAAGGUAAUCUGGAAUAUUUGUUUGAGCCUUUCAAAACGGCAGAGGAGGCUGCAAGGGUGUACGAUCGGGAGAUGCUAAUAUUAAAGGGCGCCAAAGCCCGCCUCAACUAUGCAGACUCAUAUCACGGGGUUGCGAUUGACCUCUUGGGAAUAUACGAGGAGAAGGCAGGCAAGGGGGCAGGAGCCGCAGAGACAGGCCGGAGGAAGGCAAGAGGCAAGGCAAAUGCUCCAGAGACAGGCAUGCCUGCAGAGCGCGCAUGCAGGAAGCGCAAGGGCAGCGACAGAGAGGAUGCGGUGAUAUGUGCUAUGAUGUCUAUGCCAGUCGAGCAGCAGGGCGCUGCGCGUGCUGAGCGAGCUGCAAAGCGCAGCGCGCGCACCCGGACACUGGCCAGCGCUGACAUCCCAAUGCCAGAUCCUGUCCCACUGGCUCCAUGUGCGAUGGAGACGGGUGCUGGGUUGAUGACAAGCGGCGCACUGGGAAUGCCUGUGAUCCCAGCAAGCACCAUUGCGUCCUCACCAGAUGUGUCCCCAGCCGCCUGCCUGCCAUCUGCGGGCUCGAGGAGCCAUAAGAAGUCUGCUCCCAAGCGCUCUCCCUCCCGAGCCACGGCACUACCUUUCCAAUAG